UUCACAAAAUGAAGUCUCUAGCUCUCUGUAUUUUCUGGCUGCUCAGCGUUGUGGCAUGGGCUGAAUCUAAAGUCGUGCCGUCCGACGACAAUGAUGAUGAUGCUCAACCCAUUUUAAAUUAUUUCACUCAUAGUGAUGCGGAAUACGGCAUAAGCCUGCACAAGUUGACUUGGUAUGAGGCACAGCUCUAUUGUGCUACACAGAAGUAUGUUCUAGCCAACAUUCCUUCAUACAGUGCUCAGAUCGCGUUAACCCAAUUUAUCCAAGGCUCUGGUAUGAACAACCUUAUGUUACUCACUAACGAACCCAUCUGGGUCUCGGGUACAAAUCAGGGACUUGCCAGACAAUAUGUAUGGCAUAGCAGUGGGGCUAGGUUUUCUUAUGACAACUUCCUCAGGACCCCAAAUUCUGCCAACCGUUGCGUCGCAAUUAAUGGAAUCACAGGCGACUGGACCGAUGAAAAUUGCAGAGACAAGCAUUACUUUGUCUGCGAAAAACAAACAUGCCCUGAAUAACAAAUCUAUAUGUGCAUGUAUUUUAAAAUUCAUUUAUAUCUACGGGCAUAAAAGAAACUAAA